AUGGCCGACGACAAAUCUAUCGAAUCUCAUCACGAUGAGAAGGUCAUGCCAGAUCACCUCGAAGACCUCGAGCGUACACACACCAAGAUUGACGUGAUUCACGUCACCCAGAAGCUUCCAUAUGGCGAAAUCAACUUCAUCGGCACGUACAUGGCCUGCUUGCUGGCAUGUUGUGCUUCCUUCGCAGGCUUCAUUAUGCCCAUCACUUCACUCCAGCUCAUCGAGCGCGACUUGGGCGUCUCCGAGAACGCAGUCUGGAUUGCACUUGGCUGGAUCUUACUCUCAGCUGUGUCCUUCGUUCUGUUAGGCCGCCUCUCCGACAUCUUUGGCCGUCGCUGGUUCUUUACAGGCACCACGAUAUCUGCUCUCAUUGGUUGCAUCAUUGGGGCCACGGCGACCAACAUCAAUGUACUGAUCGCAGCAUCGGUGUUCCCUGGUCUGGGCUCCGCUGGGCAGCUCAGUGCCAACUACUCCCUCGGAGAGCUUGUGCCCGUCCGCCAUCGUUUCGCCAUCAAUGGAUUCAUCUUCCUGGCUACGCUGCCAUUCUCUGGCCUCGGGCCGUACCUGGCCCGCCUCAUGAUUGUCAAUACUGGGCCAAGCUGGAGAUCGAUCUACUACCUGAUCAUUGGACUGAACGCAGCUUCGACUGUAUGCUGGGUCCUCUUCUACCACCCGCCCAAGUUUCAAGGUCUCCAUCGUGACCGGACAGUUCGCGAGGAGCUAGCAGAGAUGGACUUUGGAGGAAUCUUUCUAUACGUUGCCGGAUUCUUCUUGUUCCUCCUGGGUCUUGCAUGGGGAGGCUCCGUACAUCCAUGGACUUCGGCAUACGUCUUAGCACCGUUGAUCAUCGGCUUCUUUACACUCGUUGGCUUCUUGUUCUACGAGAUGUACAUGGGUCUGCGCCGCCCACUUAUUCCAAUGCACCUAUUCAAGAACAAGGACUUUGUCAUAGUCAACAUACUCUCCGCUGUUGGUGGCGUGGUGUACUACUCGGCAAACAGUCUCGUUGCCAGUUGCAUUGGAGGCGGCGUAUGUGCUGGCCAAUUUCUGGGCUCCUGGCUCGCUGUUCCUGGAGGAAUGCUGCGACUGAAGCUAAUCUUCGUCUCAUGUGGGCUAUGCGCAUUUAUUGCCGGCCUUGCCGGAGCGACCAAUAGCCAAGCCAUCGGCUCUGCUUUGGCUGUCUGCGGUGGACUCUGUGUCAGGCUGCUCGAAGUUGUUGUGUCUACGGUAGUCACAAUAGUCAUCGAUGACCAGUCAGAGAUUGGAACUGCUGCGGGAGUCUUUGAUGGAAUACGCGCAGCAGCCGGCGUACUGGCGACCGCCAUCUAUUCGUCAGUCUUGAUGAACAAGCUGGCAGGCUACACUAAGAGCACCGUGGCACCUGCUGUCGUACAAGCCGGCCUACCUCUGGAGUCUCUUCCGGCUUUUCUCACUGCUUUGUCCUCGGGAAGCCUUCCAGCAUUGGAAGCCGUUCCUGGAGUUACUCCUGCAGCAAUCCAAGCUGGUGUUGCAACCUUCACGGAAGCAUACGCCAAAAGCUUCAAGGUUGUUUGGCUCGGCACUCUGGCAUUCGGCCUUCUAGCUGUGAUUGCAUCAAUCUUCACAACAAAUAUCGAUGAUAGACUGUCUCAUGACGUUGUACGACGUCUAGAUGGAGGCAAGAACACUGAUUUGGAAAACGGGGAGAAGCUGGAGAAGUUGGACUCUUAA